AUGCCUAUGAGGAAUGUCUUCUUCGAUAUCACUUCGCUUUGGUGGCCAGAAUUAAUUUUUCGUUUUAUUUCUUUGGAUGAAGUUCGGAAGGAAGCUAUGAAUUCUUGGAACCUUAAAGAGAACGUUUUUAUCAAACCUAUGGGAUUAGGCUACACUUUAUUCCAAUUUGAGGCUGAGAAAGACAUGACAAACAUCUGGAAACAAAGUCCUAUCAAGAUCGGACGGCAGUUUAUUCGCUUCCAGCGGUGGAAGCCAGAUUUUAAUAUCCAUGAUAAAACUACUAUUUCUAAGCUUGUCUGGAUUCGAUUUCCUGGACUCCCCUUCGAAUAUUGGCACGAGUGGAUCCUCCUAUCCAUGGCAAUAGCCGUGGGGCACCCCCUGGACAUUGAUAAAAGAACACGAAAUGCAUCCAUAGGGAACUUCACUCGUGUCCUCGUGGAGAUAGAUACUUCAGUGCAUCGGUUGGAAGAAAUCCAGGUUGAACGGCGACAACCUGGAACAGGUGAUCUCUUUUGGUUCAAACAAAAAAUCAUCUAUGAAGAUGCAUUGGGAAAGUGUGGUUUUUGCAAAAAACUUGGUCAUACCAUCCAAAACUGCGAAGAGAAACACACCGCCGAUACCGCACGCAAAGAAAAGGAUGAUACUUGUGGUGUUGUUGGGGCUGUUUGGGUGGAGAAGUAG